AUGUCAUGGUAUCUCUACGACCUGCCCACCCCCACACUACUACCUCCCCCCACACUGCUCACUCCCACACUGCUCCCUCCCUCCCACACUGCUCCCCCUCCCACACUGCUUCCCCUCCCACACUGCUCCUCCCACAAUGAGCCCCCCCACAAUGCUCCCCCUCCCACACUGCUCCCCCUCCCCCUCCCCCUCCCCCCCUCCCACACUUCUCCUCCCACACUGCGCCCCCCCCACACUGCCUCCCCUCCCACACUGCUCCCCCCCACAAUUCCUCCACUCCCACACUGCUCCCCCUCCCACACUGCUCCUCCCAUACUGCUCCCCCCACACUGCUCCCCCUCCCACACUUCUCCUCCCACACUGACUCCCUCCCACACUGCUCCCCUCCCACACUUCUCCUCCUACACUGCUCCCCCCCACACUGCUCCUCCCACACUGCUCCCCUCCCACACUGCUCCCCUCCCACACUCCCCCCCACACUUUCCCCAGAUACUGCCCCCCUCCACCGCCCCCCCUCCACCGCCCCCCCCCUCCACCGCCCCCCUCCACCGCCCCCCCUCCACCGCCCCCCUCCACCGCCCCCCCUCCACCGCCCACCUCCACCGCCCCCCCCUCCACCGCCCCCCCUCCACCGCCCCCCCUCCACCGCCCCCCCCCUCCACCCCCCCCCCUCCACCGCCCCCCCUCCAACGCCCCCCCCCUCCACCGCCCCCCCUCCACCGCCCCCCCCUCCACCCCCCCCCCCCCCCCCUACACACAGCUACAACAGCACUUUUGUCCUGA